AUGCUCUCUUCCUUUGCUGCAAAAAGAAUUGUUCCUGGGCUUCUCCGUUUUACAUGGAGACCAGCAGUGACAGCUUCCGUUCGUGGGUACCGUGGUUCUGCACCAGAAGACACUAAAGUCGAUCUGAUAGAGAUCCCGUUGCCCCCAUGGGAGAACAGGCUCAACGAACCCCUGGAUAUAAAGAGGCGACGACUGCUUUAUGAAAGUCGCAAGAGAGGCAUGCUCGAGAAUUGUAUUUUGCUUAGCAUUUUUGCAAAGAGAUACCUGAAUACAAUGAGUGCGAUGCAGCUACAGCAGUAUGACAGAAUUAUAAAUGAACCAAGCAACGACUGGGAUAUCUACUACUGGGCCACAGAAACUAUGCCAACUCCAGAGGUUUAUCAAGGUGAGGUCAUGGAUAUGCUGAAGGAGUUCACCAAAAAUCGUGAGCAAGAACAGAGGCUGGAUGCACCCAAUUUGGAGUAUCUGGAUAAGGACAGCCAGUGA